AAAUAAAUAAAUAGUGAAGAGGGCAGCGAGACGCGGUGGAAAGGGAGAAGGAAGAAGAAGCCCAGCAGCAGCAGUAGCGAUGGGGAAGGAGCCGACGGAUGAGCAGGUGGCGUCGAUGAAGGAGGCCUUCAAUCUGUUCGACACCGACGGCGACGGCCGGAUCGCCGCGUCGGAGCUUGGCAUCCUGAUGCGCUCCCUUGGCGGCAACCCGACCCAGGCCCAGCUCAAGGAGAUCGCCGCCACCGAGGGCCUUACCGACCCCUUCGACUUCCCCCGAUUUCUCGAUCUCAUGCGCAAGUACCUCCGCCCCGAGCCCUUCGACCGCCAGCUCCGCGAUGCCUUUCGCGUCCUCGACAAGGAUUCCACCGGCAAAGUCUCCGUUGCUGACCUACGCCACGUACUCACCAGCAUCGGCGAGAAACUUGAGCCCGCUGAGUUUGACGAGUGGAUCCGCGAGGUGGAGGUCGGCCCCGACGGUACUAUCCAAUACGAAGACUUCAUUGUUCGCAUGGUCGCCAAGUGAUCCUUUCCUUUCCAGCGGCGUCUGAGUCAGGUACGUCCAGAUCUUCGUU